AUGGCGUCGUUUGAUAGUAACGCUGAUUUUCACUGUCAUCAGCCCGCGGUUGUGUCGGUUCAGUCCGUGUGGCCUUGUUACCCGUUAACGUUGCCCGUGGAGCUUUUACCGAGGCACCAGUACGUGGCCUGGGACAAUAUCGGCCGCGUGGAGCCUUCGUGGGGAACAUACGCGUCCUUCAACCCAGUGACCGAUGCCACGCCAAAUCCCAAAAAGAGCAGGAAGUUCUUUCUGGACAGGUCUGUGUUUGACCUGGUGGACGCUCAUCCCUAUCUGUCUCUGACUGACCCAAAGCUACUGGGCUGGUAUCUCGGUUUGACUCCCGAGGACAGAAACAUCAUACUGGUUGAAGGAGGAUUUCAUCAGUUUCUGCAAAGACAUCCCGCCUUUGAACUGUCAAACCAUCAUGUUUAUGUGAAAUAUCCUGUUGGAAAGGUCACUCCUGUCCUGCCGACCUUGACGUCCAUGAGUCAGAAAAGUGAAUCAUCAUCAGGAGCAAAGACGGGCCAACGUCGCUCAAUAUUGCCCUGUGCACAUCUAGAGCUGGAGAUGCAUCGCACUCAUGUAAAGGAGAACCUGGUCCACCUCCAGGACAACGUCCACACGGCCUGCAGCAGCAGCAUCAUCACACAGGAGCCAAGUCAUCAGCGGGUCCUCACAGAGAGGGCGGAUGCAGAUCUGGCCAACUUUUCUCUGGACGUGGAGCUGGAGCGACGCAGGGGCCACGUUUUAGUGAAACAGAACGAAGCUAACAUCACCGCCAAAGUCUGUCCGUUACAGUCAGAAAGGUCAAAUGUCAAAGAGUCGUACUCUGAGUGCUUUGGCAGCAGCAGCGUUGUUGAUGUUGAUGACCGGAGUAUCGUCCAGUCAGUGAAGCCACAGCAGGUCAAUUGUCCAACGGUCCCGGUGUGUGGAAAAGAACAGACGGAGGACGAGGACGAAGAUGCAACUGACGAGAGUGAGAACUUCCAAAGUGUCCUGGAGGACGACGUGAGCGUCCUGCUGUGUCUGGACAGUAAAGGGUUGGACGUCUCAUCAGACACAGGAGCCGUGAGGAGAGCGUCAGAAAGCAGCGUCUCCACCUGUGACGCCAUGGUUGGCACAACACUGACAUCGUUCACAGCAGCUUUCACUCAGUCUGAGAAUCCAGAGACGGUGGAUAAAAGUGUCUUAACUGAACUCUACAUGUCAGACUUGGACGAGAUUGCCGAGGAAUUUAUCAAAAUGAAGACGACUCUGGAGGAACAACUAGAGAAAGUGAAAAGCUCAGGUUGUGGAUUGAGAAAGGAGUGUGACUGUUUACAGCGAGCUCAGCGAGCAGAGCUUCACCUCCUGACUCUGCAGUACAACAUGUGCACACAGCACUGCUGGAGACUCUACUACACCUCUGCUGAGGGAGGCCUCGCCUCCACGCUCGCAGAUGCAGCUCAACACUGGGUGAAGGAGCCUCCAUGCAACAUUGGAGGUGUUCUGCAAAAACUGGAGGUGGAUUAUUAUCACAUGAGGGAUCAGAUCCUGGAUGGGGUUCCUCUGCAGCAACUGAAACCUCUUUGUGUUGACUCUGAGAAGAUAAGCUCAGGAACAAGUUACACCCCUGCUCUGAUGAUUGGUGACGUGGUGGGAAACCCUCCUUCUCGGCGUCCACCGGAGAAGACAUCAGGUGAAGACUGUGGACGCUGUGGUGAUGGGAGCAUGUUCCUGGGAAAUAAGGCAAAGGAGGAGAAGAUGACAUCAAAGAGAGCGGUUACUCUCAUCCCACAAAAUAGACGCACUCACCAAGGAGCAGCACACAAAGACCUGAACACAAGCGAGGCCUGGUACGAUGCUGAAGAAGUUCUGGACCCUACAGGACCUGCUGAGACGCAACCAGACCCAACAACCAUCGCUGGAGAUGGAACCAACAAAUCUGCAGGUGACGAGGUCAAUAACUCCAGAUCACUGCUGUGUGUCACUAUCCUGACCGGUCAUGUGACGGAGAGUGAGGUGAUGAUGUGGUUUGAGAAAUAUGGAGCCUCUGAAGUUAAAAUCUCUGUUUUAAAGAACGAUCUGAGAGUCGCCAUAGUGAUGGUAAGUGACCUCCAGUCUGCUGAGGCCGCGGUGAAGGAGAUGAACGGCGUCAGCGCGGACGGUCACACUUUACACGUGGAGAUCAUCAGUGGAGGAGGAGCUGCUGGUUCUGCUGCUGCUGCUUCACCUACGUCCUCACAGGAAGACGACACCAGACGACAGCCGCUCACAACUGAACCCAGAGUCUCUGACAGAGAGUCAAAGACGCCGUCCUCUCUCGAGUCAACCUUUCCUCCGCCCGUGAGCUCCGGCGUCAAGAGCAGGACGGUGGUCUCCGUCACUCCCACGGCACAGGGGACGUUUGUCCCGCAGCACUUUGGCACCAUGGGCAGCUUCGACUACCUGAUGUCGGAGCUGACACGCCUUCACCCUCGCGUGGACAAGCAGAGGUUUGUGGACGCUCUGGUGCAGCUGAGGGCGAGACACCGGGGCGUCCUCUGUGGUCUGCCGCUCAGCAAGAUCAGAGAGAUGGCGUCUGAGCUGCUGAGCGGCUCACAGACUGAUACGUAGAUAUAAGUGUUAGACAAGGCUGGAAAAGUUGUUGUUCUACAGUCGUUUAUUGUUUCUCAGUUUAUUUUAGCUGCAAACCAGUACAUUUAAAGUCUCGGGGUUUCCCCACAGCACUCAAAUCUGGGUUUUAUUUUGAUUAAAAAGCAGAUUUUUUUUUAAAGAAAUCUGUUUAAAUAGAUUAUUAGACUUGUGCUUUAAGGUGCGUCACCUCAGGAGAAUCAUAGAUUUGACACCUGAGCUUCUGACACAGAUAUGAGAGACCAGGAGCUCUGAUUAUUAUUUCUAGUUUGAAAAAUGCUGAAAAUCACAACUUUUCUAUUGUUUGUGUAUUUAUAAAAGCAUCAGCAGGGUUUACUCUAGCAGCAAACAGGUAAAUAUUGUUUUAAAGAAACAAAGUUCGUGGAGAAUUCUAAGUUGUGUCAAAGGUUUUCACCUCAGGAAAAUGUGAGAAAUGACACCAGAGCUUUAGUUGUUUGUUAUUCAAUUUAAAAAGAGUUGCUCUUUUUAAAUUAGUUCUAAAACCAUUGUUUCCUAAUUCUUGUAGAGCAGAGAUUAUUUUAGCCAUAAGGUGGAACAUUUCAAGAGGAGUGGUUUCCCACAGUGACUACAUUUAAUGUUUUUAUUUUAAGAAUUAGUUAAAGAAA